AAGCGCAUGCGCGUUGGCCUCUCCCAUCUCCGCUACUUGGUACAGAGGCAAUAUGGAUGUGCAGGUAGCUCCUCUCCGACCCUGGGAGGAUUUCUUCCCCGGCAGCGACCGAUUCGCCGUGCCCGACUUCAAAGAUAUCUCUAAAUGGAAUAACAGAGUGAUCAGCAACCUGCUCUACUACCAGACCAACUAUUUGGCCAUGGCAGCCGCCGUCAUCUGCCUGGUGGGAUUUUUUAACCCGUUUGGAAUGAUUCUGGGCGGCACCAUCGUAGUCCUGAUCUUCUUGGGCUUUGUCUGGACGUCCCACAACAAGGAUUUCUUCCGCAAAUUUAAGAAGCAGUAUCCCACCGCCUUUAUCCUGGCCAUCCUGGUGUCCAGUUAUUUUAUUAUCUCGCUGUUUGGGGACGUCAUGGUGUUUGUGUUCGGAAUUACCCUGCCCAUGUUACUGAUGUUCAUCCAUGCCUCCCUGAGACUCCGGAACUUGAAGAACAAAGUGGAGAACAAGAUGGAGGGCAUUGGGCUAAAGAAGACCCCGAUGGGCAUUGUUCUCGAGGCUCUGGAACAACAAGAAGAAAACUUUGCUAAAAUCUCAGACUUCAUUAGCAAAGCGAAAGAAUAAGGACUCUGUUUCAUUAACCCUACAUGUACGGUUACGUGCAGAGGUUUAUUUUUCCUGUGUGACUAGGCAGGGGUGUCCUGCCGUGUUUGCCCCACAUAUCUGGCCAAAGAUGCCACAUUUCCUUGUCUUUAUUACAGUGUAAAUGUGGGGGACCUGGAGCUUUCCCGUUGGUGUGUAUUACAUUUGCUUCUGGAAUGCAGCGGGUUCCCUAUCUUUUAGCAUAAAGCACUAAAGGCAAAGUUUGCCCUGCUCCUGUAACCCAUAACAGCCAAUCAGCAGUCGGCUUAUACUGCUCGUGUACAUUAUAAAUAAAAGCUGCUUUGGGAUGCAAGAUCAGGCCAAACUUUGCCCAAUUAACACUGUGUUUUGCUGUAGGUCGAUGGAAAAUCCAUGCUGGUGUCAUCUGUUGACAAAGAAAUAAAUACCCUUUAUCCAGAUUCUGAUCCCCAAAACAAAUUUGUAAUUCGAGUUGUAUAGUGCAGGUAGCUGCAACAUACAAACACAUUGCUGAUCCAGGCAUGGUAGGGUGAAGACACACGGAGCUACUAGUAGCAGCUACUUGUCGUGGCUACUAAAAUUGACAAUGCUGAUCAUUUACUGAUAAUUGUCUCUACGUGUGUUUAAGCAGAGGCAAUUCUCAGUAUUGUCUAUGGCAGGGGAUUUUCUGGAGUUUAGUAACCAUGAACGUAGCUGCUACUAGUAGCUCUGUGUGUCUUCACCCUUAAUAUUCUCACUACAGAUGUCUCUGUGAUUCAAGUGCAGAGUGCGUCAUCCAGAUGAAAUAAAUCGCAACCCAUUCAGUCUAUGGAAUCUCCAUGCAGUUUAGGGGAGGGCAUCCAUCUGGGCACUCAGAUUAAUGGUUACAGUUAUGUCCCUGCUCAGGAUUAUAGGGCCAAAUACAAAUUAGCUGUGCCUGCAUGUGAGUAGCACUUUACGGCAGUGCUGUGAAAUGGGGGCUAAAUCACCCUUAUGGCUGUAUUAUAUAUUCUCAUACAUUGGGCUGUCAAUAAUACCUUAAGGUGAGCUACAGCCCACAUGUAGACAGCACUGCUGUGAGGAUUUACACAUAAUGGCAAGGUAAUGUGCACCCCAACAUCUGGAACUUUAAACCUGAGCUAAUAAUGGGGAUGGAGGGUUGCCUCAUUGUAACAUUAUUAUCCCAAAUAUAUCUGUGCCGCUGUGAGAAUUGGGACUUGUCUGAUCUGAUUAGGGACGGACCAGUAGGACACACGGUGUCUGUAGUGAGAAUCAUUCUGAGAUAGACCUGAGCUUUUGUUUAGAUUUUCUAGAAAUGACAAAAGGGUAUAAAUCGUUUUUGGGUUUUUUUUCUUAUCCCACAUUGUUGUAAUUCCGUAGAUAUAGUAUAGCUUUCAGGACAAGACUGCAUUGGCUGCUUUGGCAUUGACAUUGCUUUUCGACUGUUUGCUUCGAGGGUUUCCCCCUCUCCUUUGCACAUUUGCACGCGUUCUGAUCCAUGUAUUGUCUCGUUAGUAGACGGGGCAAACUGCUAAAUGAUUCCAAGCCAGGAAUGUCCGACCCUUUCUGAGAGGCCGAGGGCUGGAAGUUGUAUUAUUGGAGCAUCUAUGAAGCUACAGGUUGCAACCUGCUCUAAGCUUUAGCUCAAGACUAGACUUGCAAGCUGCUCUAAGCUUUAGCUCAAGACUAGACUUGCAAGCUGCUCUAAGCUUUAGCUCAAGACUAGACUUGCAAGCUGCUCUAAGCUUUAGCCCAAGACUAGACUUGCAAGCUGCUCUAAGCUUUAGCCCAAGACUAGACUUGCAAGCUGCUCUAAGCUUUAGCUCAAGACUAGACUUGCAAGCUGCUCUAAGCUUUAGCCCAAGACUAGACUUGCAAGCUGCUCUAAGCUUUAGCUCAAGACUAGACUUGCAAGCUGCUCUAAGCUUUAGCUCAAGACUAGACUUGCAACCUGCUCUAAGCUUUAGCUCAAGACUAGACUUGCAAGCUGCUCUAAGCUUUAGCCCAAGACUAGACUUGCAAGCUGCUCUAAGCUUUAGCCCAAGACUAGACUUGCAGCCUGCUCUAAGCUUUAGCCCAAGACUAGACUUGCAAGCUGCUCUAAGCUUUAGCCCAAGACUAGACUUGCAAGCUGCUCUAAGCUUUAGCCCAAGACUAGACUUGCAAGCUGCUCUAAGCUUUAGCUCAAGACUAGACUUGCAAGCUGCUCUAAGCUUUAGCUCAAGACUAGACUUGCAAGCUGCUCUAAGCUUUAGCCCAAGACUAGACUUGCAGCCUGCUCUAAGCUUUAGCCCAAGACUAGACUUGCAACCUGCUCUAAGCUUUAGCUCAAGACUAGACUUGCAAGCUGCUCUAAGCUUUAGCCCAAGACUAGACUUGCAAGCUGCUCUAAGCUUUAGCUCAAGACUAGACUUGCAACCUGCUCUAAGCUUGAGCCCAAGACUAGACUUGCAAGCUGCUCUAAGCUUUAGCUCAAGACUAGACUUGCAAGCUGCUCUAAGCUUUAGCCCAAGACUAGACUUGCAAGCUGCUCUAAGCUUUAGCUCAAGACUAGACUUGCAAGCUGCUCUAAGCUUUAGCUCAAGACUAGACUUGCAAGCUGCUCUAAGCUUUAGCCCAAGACUAGACUUGCAGCCUGCUCUAAGCUUUAGCCCAAGACUAGACUUGCAACCUGCUCUAAGCUUUAGCUCAAGACUAGACUUGCAAGCUGCUCUAAGCUUUAGCCCAAGACUAGACUUGCAAGCUGCUCUAAGCUUUAGCUCAAGACUAGACUUGCAACCUGCUCUAAGCUUGAGCCCAAGACUAGACUUGCAGCCUGCUCUAAGCUUUAGCUCAAGACUAGACUUGCAGCCUGCUCUAAGCUUUAGCCCAAGACUAGACUUGCAACCUGCUCUAAGCUUUAGGUCAAGACUAGACUUGCAACCUGCUCUAAGCUUUAGGUCAAGACUAGACUUGCAACCUGCUCUAAGCUUUAGGUCAAGACUAGACUUAUUUUUUUUUCUAGGAAGAUAUAUGUAAAUAUAUAAACCCGGUAUUUAUGAGUUCUAUGCAAAACGUUGUGACUGUGUGGUUAAAUUCUUGCCUUUCUCUUCGUGUUGUUAAGCGAUUGGGUGCUGGAACACUCAUAGCUACUGUACACCCAAGGAUAGAAAUGCUGUUUUCUUUACAUUUCCAUGAGGUACAGCAACUAGGAGGCAGCGACUCCCCCUCUUCUCGUUACUCCUCCGCUCCUAUGUAAUCAGUGCAAGCUCGGUGGUACCCUACUGGAAGCAACGGAACUAAUGCUGAGGCGUCAUGCCUGUCUUUUGUUGGUUAAAUCUCCCAGCAUCCUCAGCCAACAUCAUGGAGCUGUGGUUUCCAAAGGGUAGGAACCCUGUAGUUGCUGUCAAUGCUUGUAGCUUGAAAUUUUAGUUGCCUGUCCUCAGCCUCCAAAUCUCACAAUUCCCUGCACACGUGAUGUCAAUAAGGAAAGGAACAUCGCAGUGCAAUGCAUUGUGGGUUAUGUAGUUCCUGCAUGCUGUCUGUAAGCUGUGGAGAAUUUGUUACAAUUUAUAACACCAGUGUUUUAGUCCCUCCUCCCCUGCCAGGAUUUCAAAUGAUGCAGAAAGAGAAGAACUGUUUUGCAGCUGGAUUUCAGCCUAUAAACAUGGGAUUUAUUUAAACGUUUUUGACUUUACAGUGACCGGUAUAUUAGGGGUUUCUGUGUUGCGUGGGGCUCUUUAACAAAUUUUGGUUCGGAAGCCAGAGUAACCCUUUAAAUUCCAUACUUGGGUCAAGGACUUUCUUGCAACGCCUAACCACUAAGCUGAGACCUGUAGGCCCCUGUGGGCGGAGCCACAUUAACGGAAUCAUUAUCAGUUGUGUCAUUUGAUUUCUAUUACCUGUUUUGAUGUAGACAUGGUCCCAUUAAUAUAUUUCUUAUGCAUUCUUGUCCUGCCUGUGCUCAGCUGAGCCGUCAUUGCUUCAACAUGGCCGCUUACACGAGCACCAUGCAGGCUGCCUUGGUAGCAUUAGUGCAACACUAAUAACAACUAAGAACUAUAUUAAUCUAUGAGUUCCCCAGCUCCUUUUUUGGUUGCUAAAAAUAUGUUUUUGGGUAGAAACAUUAUUCACCCCACCCCCGUGUGCCUCCUUAUGUACCAAGAAGAACCAACUCAGUGCUAUAUGCAUAGUCCCUUGAGUUGCUGGCAGCGCAAUGAGCUGAUUGGUGGGUUUGCCCCUAGAAUUAAAGGGGACCUGUUACCCUAAAAAAUAAUUCCAAAUCCUUUUCUAUCAUGUUCGUUGAGCAAAAUAAACUUUACUUACACUGUAUAAAGUAUUUAAUUUUUUUUCCCCUUCAGUCCUGGGAUUUACAGUCACAGCCAGCAGGCCGGCGCCAUUUUGUGUACACUGUUAUUAAGGGAAACUUUGUAUUACCCCAAAAUCUUAUGCCUAUGUCAUCUAGGUAAUAUCUUGGAAGUGCUGAAUGCAAAGUUGGAGUAAUUGUAAUUAAAAAUCUGAGCUGACAAUCAUAUAUUGCCUGCCCCGCCUCUAUGCCUUCGGCAUAGAGGCGGGGCAGGAAAUAUAUGAUUGACAGCUCAGAUUUUUAAAUACAUUUAUAACCGGUUUGGAUGAUAUUCGACUUUUUAUAUCUUCACAACAUACGUCCAGGCUCACCCCGCAACAUAAAAUGCAUCUUCUGUUUGACUAUUCAGAGUUUUUGCACUGCUGUUCCAGACCAGAGAAUCACCGACAUUCCUGACUGAUAGUAAUGCAUGUUCAGUAAUCGUGCCGUUUCCCCAGUUGUGUAUGGGAGCAUUGUAUCUGGGGAAAACAAGCAUUUAAUAUUAAUAAACUGACAUUCUGAAUGGCGAA